AAAUUUAAUUAAGUUAAUUAUUCUUCAACAGCAUCCAGUAAACUUGGAAAAUAAAAAGGUAGAUAAGAUAAGAAGAAGAAGAAAAAAAACAAACAACCAUGACAAGAAUCACCACCCAUAUUCUCAACACUGUCAAUGGUAAACCAGCACACGACGUAGCCGUUGAGAUAAACUUGGUAGAAUCAAAUCCAGUUCCUCAUUUCACGGCAACGACUAAUCAAGAUGGACGUAUAAUUGAAUGGCAGUACCAAGAUAAGUCAACAACUAAUCAAUUCCCUAGUGGAGAAUACAAAAUUAAGUUUAACACCAAGAAAUAUUUUGAAAAGUUGGAUCAAGAGACCUUUUAUCCUUAUGUUGAGAUUACAUUUACUGUUAAGGAGUCCGAUGAACACCUUCAUAUUCCAUUAUUGAUUUCCAAUUAUGGGUAUACUACAUAUAAAGGGAGUUAACAAAACUGCGUCUUGACGAAAAUUUCUGGGCUCAAUGCUUACAUCUAACCAUUACAUGUUCACGUUUUUGAUUUGAAAAACCUAUAUAGCCAUAGGAAGUAGCGUCU